AUGCCCCCCGUCAGUGCACACAACAUGCUGCCCUCAAACACGCUCAGAGCAGCCUCCACAGCUCCCCAGGCCCCUCCAAAGCCCACUCACAAUAACAGAACCCACUGUGACCCCCAGACACCCUCUCAGCCCCACACCCUCUGCGACCCCCAGACAACCCCCAGCCCCACAUCCCCUGUGACCCUCAGAUACCCUCUCAGCCCCACACCCCCUCCCGCCGGGCCAGGAAAGCCCCCCCCCAACUCCCUUUUCCGGACACUGCGGGCGCUCCCAGGCCCGCAGCAACCCUCAAAGCAUAGAGAGGACGGAGAAGAACCCCAGAACUCCGAGGAGAGCGGGAAGGAGUCCCCAAAGGGCGGGGGGAGCCCGGUCCGGCCCCGGCGCUGCCCCCGGCGCUCUCCGGGGCUCCGGCUCGUUUCGAUUUCGUUUUUCGCGAAGAUCGGGGACGGGAGCGGAGCGCUGCGGACGCGGCGGCAGCGCCGGGCUCCGGCUCCAUGCAGGUGGAGGCAUCUCCAAAGCAAAGGCAGGAGCAGAGCUGGGAAUUUCCCCCCACUGAUGGAUCUGAUCUCUCCCCAGGGCAAAGUGGCCAUCAGCUCUUCCAGCCCCAUGGUGGCAGUGCCAUCACCACCCCCAUCCCAGGUCAGACCCUCACCCAUCAGCUCUGGGGAGAUCUUCAGGCUUCCAGGGAGGCUGAGAAUCCAGCCCUCGCUGUGGAGCAGGGAUGAUGUGAUCCACUGGCUGCGCUGGGCUGAGGAGGAAUAUUCCCUGCGGCCCGCUGACCAGAGCAGCUUCGAGAUGAACGGCAAAGCCUUGUGCAUCCUCACCAAGGAAGACUUCAGACACCGAGCUCCCAGCUCAGGGGAUGUGCUUUAUGAAAUAUUCCAGUUCAUUAAGACUCAGAGAAGAGCUCUGGUGUGCAGCCCCUUGCUGAACUCACCCUUCAGGAAAGCCAGGAGCACGGAGGAAGGUGCAGACUGCAGUGCUGAGGCUGCCCCAGUUGUUUCCUCGUGGCUGGGCUGUGCAGAGCAGCCCCUGUUCCAGGGGCACACACAGCCACUGAGCCUCUCCCAGCACAGCUCAGAGAGUAGCUGCAGGCCAGGUGCCAUCUGCUCUGUUCCUGCUACCCUGUCGGCCCCAGUGGAUGGGAAAAUUGCAGACUGCAGGCUGCUCUGGGAAUACGUGUUCCAGCUCCUGUCCGACCGCCGCUACGAGCCCUACAUCAGGUGGGAGGACAGGGAAGCCAAAGUGUUCCGUGUGGUCAACCCAAAUGGGCUCGCCCAGCUCUGGGGCAACCACAAGAACCGGAUGAACAUGACCUAUGAGAAGAUGUCCCGAGCGCUCAGACACUACUACAAGCUCAACAUCAUCAAAAAGGAGCCAGGGCAGAAGCUGCUGUUCAGGUUUUUGAAGACUCCUGGGGAGGCUGUCCACGAGAAACCCAUCAGACUGGAGCAGCUGGAGAACGAGGACCAUGAGGAUUUGAAGGAAGACCCACUGGAGGUUUCACCACAGUAAAUCUUUGGAGGCUUCACUUCAGUGCAUCACAGAGAGCCUUGUGCUUUGCUGAGCAGUGCUGGUGGCUCUUGCCUCUCCCGGACACAAGGCCACAGAGCUGGCCUGGAUUCCAAAUCUGCUGUGAGCCAAAGCUGGGGCAUCUCUGGGGUGUCAUUAAGAGAACACACCCAGAAGCUGUCCCCAGCCCCAAAAACACAGGUGGAGCUGUGGGCUGGUCUCCUGCUGGUUCCUCUCCUGCCCUUUGGGAGGGAAUGUGACAUUUUUGCUCAGAAAUUUUGAUGCUUGUCUUUAAGGUUUAAACCUGUGGAAAAGAUCCCUCUAUUCUUCCAGUGAGAUGAGCAGAGCUGAGCUGAGCAGCUGCUGCUCUGCUUUGGCAGCCAGGGCUGUCCCCAGCUGUGAGUCCUGCUCUGAACCUGAGCCAUCUCCCCAGCCUCAACACGGACUGGAAUUGCAAAUAUGGUGCAUGCUGGAA